AUGAAGCACUUUGUGAUAUUCGUGUUUCUCCUUCUCAACAGCAUUACAGAUUUUGCUUCUGGCAAUGAACUCUCAAGAUGCUGUUCUGGCGGUAGUCGUCACUUCUUACAAACUUCCACAUGUUCUAAUAUCAAAAGUGAAGGAACUAGCUUAACAUGUGUCAGAGCUGCAUCUAUUUGUUGUUUACGAGCAUUGUUAGAUGAUGCAUGUGAUGAUGGAGCUCAAUUGGCUAGACAAGAUGACACCUGUCACACAAAUAUUAAUGUAUUAGGAGGAGGAUUACGAAAGGAAUGUUGUGAUUGCUGCCUUCUAGCUAAAGAUUUGAUAAAGAGAAAUGAGCCAUGCAUCCCACCAACAGGCUUCUCAGCUGCUUGUCUCAAAGCAUUUUCCAAAUGUUGCUCCGAAAAGCCUUCGAUGUCUGACGGUGAAGCUGUUCUUGAACUUGGCGACAGAUGUUCAACAGCUAAAUGUGAUCAUUUGUGUAAUGAUAGAGGAGGAGAUUCAGUUGAAUGUUCAUGUCGUGUGGGAUAUGAGCUUGGACCUGAUGGAACAACCUGUGUCGAUAUCGACGAGUGUUCCUCCCGUACUCCUCCAUGCCAGUGGGGAAUGGAGGAAUGUGUUAACACAGAUGGUGGUUAUGAAUGCGAAAAACGAAAUCUUUAUGAUAAUCGACGAAUUAUUCGAAUGAGAGACGAGAGUCGAAGACGCGUUUCAACCAAUGCUCAACGUCAUCAGGAUCUUCUGAUGAGAGAUGCUCCCGCACGUCCCUCAUCACAUUAUUCUUCAAGACAUUUCGAUCCACAAACCCAUCAUAAGGGUUGGCCAUGUAAUAAAGGAUAUUCCCUCCAAAACGGAAUCUGUAGAGAUGUUGAUGAAUGUAAUCUGGGAGCUCACGAUUGUGGUGUUCUCUAUCAAUGCCGAAACACUCAAGGAAGUUACAGAUGUGAUCCCAAGAAAUGCGGUGAAGGAGAAUUACAGAAUCCCCAAACCGGAGAAUGUACAUCAAUUGAAUGCCCACUGGGAUUCUACCCGAAGAAUGGAAUGUGUAAUGAUGUUGAUGAGUGUGCAGAAGCUAAUCGUUGUGGUCCUGCCGAACAAUGCAUCAAUACCCCUGGAUCCUAUCGCUGUCAGGAAAUGGGGAAUAUGUGUGCUGAAGGAUACCAAACUAACAGAAACACUGGGUUCUGUGAAGACAUUGAUGAAUGUAUGCAAAACGCUUGUGGAUCACUGCAGUGUAUUAACAUGCCAGGAUCUUACAAAUGUCGUUGCCCCGCCGGUUAUGAUUUUGACGAGAAAUUGAAAAAGUGUGAAGACAUCAAUGAGUGUGAAAAGUUUGCUGGACAUGUUUGUGAUCUCUCAGCUGAGUGCAGGAAUACGAUAGGAUCUUUCAUAUGUAAAUGUAAAGCUGGCUUCCAAUUGGCUGCUGAUGGACGUCGUUGUGAGGAUGUGAACGAGUGUGAUAAUGGACAAGCACGAUGCGAGCAAAAAUGUGUUAACAUUCCUGGAUCUUAUCAAUGUAUUUGUGACCGAGGCUUCGCUUUGGGAUCAGACGGAAUUACAUGCCAAGACAUCGAUGAAUGUUCCAUUUGGGCUGGUUCAGGUAAUGAUUUGUGUAUGGGAGGAUGUAUCAACACUCGUGGAUCUUACUUAUGUCAAUGCCCUCCUGGCUACAAGAUUCAAGCUGAUGGUAGAACAUGUGUGGAUAUCGAUGAAUGUCAAUUAGGAGAAUGUCAAGGAAAUGAUCGUAUUUGUGUGAACACGUUGGGACAGUUCAAAUGUAAUCGUAUCGAAUGUCCACAUAAUUACAUUCAUGACAGCAGUUACAAGAAUAAUAUCCAAGAUGGUUAUUCAUGCCUCAAAAACUGUAGCUCCAUUGAAGAUGCUGCUUGUAUAGCUAACAGUACAAGAGAAAUACUCUAUCAAUUCCGAGCUAUCCCAUCAUUGACUGUUCUGAAACAUCCAUUAGAGAUUUCACGUAUAAGAGCCCACAUGGAGAUACCGUUCUCUGUUGAAUACAUCCUCGAUGCACGAAGUCAGAGGUACUUCAACGUUGAGCAGGAUCGAAACAUUGGAAUCGUUCGUUUGACACGCCCGAUAGAAGGACCGACCCUCCAAACAGUGCGAGUGAACAUUCACACAAAAUCCCGACGAGGAGUUAUUCUAUCUUAUAACGUGGCAAUCAUUGAAAUCUAUAUCUCCAAAUACAAUUUCUAA